AAUAACAAUUAAUUUUUGCAUUUAGCAUGUAAUAUUUAUAUUUUUCUUAAUUCUUAAAUUCUUGUUGCAAAAGAAAAUAAUAAAUAUAAUCACUUCACUAAUACAAAUUUUACAAUGGAGGAAGAUGAAGAUUUAUCACCAGAAUUUCUUCAAAAGAAGUUGUAUUUUUUUUUGGACCAUCUUAAAUCAAUGCAUUCAGCUUUACCAGAAAUAUAUCAGAUGAGAAUAUCUUAUGAGCUUCUUACUGUACUUGCGAAUUCUUUAAUGAAUGAUACAUUAUUUAAAAUUGUUAAAAGUUUAAUGGAAAUACAACAUGUAACAGAAAAACAUUUGAAACAACUGCGUGAACAAGUUGAAAACGAAAAUCAGUUGGAAAUUGAACAAUGGAAAGAAAAAAUUUCAGAUACAGAAGAGCUAGAACAUAUAAUUACUUUACUUAAAAUAAAACAUGAAAAAAAAUUAAAAGAAACUGAUAUAAAAUUGAUUCAACAUCUUGAUCAGAAAGUUCGAGAUCAACAAUCAACAUUGGAAAAAGCCGGAGUUCCAGGUUUUUUUGUGACUGAAAAUGCAAAAGACAUAAAAAUUCAGAUGCAUCUCUUAGAUUUUAUAUUAAGAUUAAGUCAAUUGAAAUACAAUCCAAAUAAAUAAUUAGGUACCUACAAUAAUAAAUCCAAUAUAAUGUAAUCUGCAGUAAAUGUUAUAAACUUAAAAGUUAGUAUAAGUUAUUUACAUUUAUAUAAUAAGAAUAACAAGAUAGAUAAUACCUAUGUAUGUAUG